AUGGUAAGCCGAGGAGGAGGAGCCGUGCGGUCGUUGCUGGAUCGUCUGCGCCCGCCGCCGAGGGGGAGGAGGAGCCCCGCCAUGCCGCCGCCCGCCGCCGCCGCCGCCGCUGCCAAAGGCGCCUGCUUUUGCAGCUUUAGCCACUCGGGCGCGCACGGCGAGGGGCGGAGGAAGGGCCUCCUGGAUUUGGGCGCCGGCCGGAGGUUCGCGCCGGGCAGCGCGCUGAGCCUGAAGGGAUGCCUGGACUGGCAGGAUGGCGGCAGGUUCAGGAGGGCGGAUGGUGGUGAUGGCGAUGCGGUGGAGAUCAGGGCGCGGGUCCUUGCCCCGCAGCGGCAGUUCGUCCGUGAUGCGGAGGUUCAGCUGUCGGAGGAGGUUGGCCUGAAGAGUGUGGAUGGAAAUGGCGCUUUCCGGCGGGGGAAGCGCCUCGAUUUUCCUGAGCAGCCUGUCCCGACUAAGAUGGUGGUUGCUGUUGAUGUGGAUGAAGUUCUUGGAAGCUUUCUUGCUGCUCUGAACAGAUUUAUUGCCGAGCGGUACUCUUGGAAUCACUCAGUAUCAGAAUACCAUGUCUAUGAGUUCUUUAGGAUAUGGAAUUGUUCUCGAGAAAAAGCUAAUCUUCUUGUCCAUGAGUUCUUUACAACCCAUUACUUUCAAGAUGGUGUCCAUCCUAUCCCAGGCGCCCGAGAUGCGCUCCAAAAUCUUUCUUCGUUCUGCAGCCUGUCUGUAGUAACAUCUCGCCAGGAUGUAAUAAAAAAUCACACAUUAGAGUGGAUCGAGAAGUUUUAUCCGGGCUUAUUUGAGCAGAUCCAUUUUGGGAACCAUUUUGCUUUGGAAGGCCAAUCAAGGCCAAAAUCAGAGAUUUGCAGAUCUUUUGGUGCUCAGGUUUUGAUAGAUGAUAACCCGAGAUACGCUUUAGAAUGCGCUGAGGAUGGCAUGAGGGUUCUGCUCUUUGAUUACGAUAACACAUAUCCCUGGUGCAAAACUGGUGUGGAUCAAUCACAUCCUCUGGUGACCAAGGUUCAUAACUGGCAGGAGGUUGAGCAAAAACUUCUCUCGUGGGUAGCACCUGAGAGCUGA